AUGUCUGCUUACGUUCCUCUCUCUGCACAGAAUUGCCCGUCUAUUCAUUGGCCGGUCCUUUUUAUCGCUUCGCCUACAAUAGAACACAUGUUGUAUAGACUUUCUUUACAUCAUUUUCCUUUAUUUCUUUUUCUGUUCUUUAUUUCUUUACCAUUCUAUCUUUCAAUCUUUAUUACCUAUUCCUUCUUCCUUCCUUUACCAUUCUUUCUUUUUUACCAUUCUUUCUUUUUUUCUUUCUUUCUUUACCAAUUUCCUUCCUUCUUUACAAUUCUUUCUUUCUUUACCAUUCUUUCUUUCAAUAUUUAUUUCAUAUUCUUUCUUCCAUUUUUACCAUUCUUUCUUUUUUACCAUUUUUUCUUUCUUUUUUACCAAUUUCCUUCCUUCUUUACAAUUCUUUCUUUUUUUACCAUUCUUUCUUUCAAUGUUUAUUUCCUAUUCCUUCUUUCUUUCUUUACCAUUUAUUUCGUCUUUAUCAUUCUUCUUUCUUUUUUCUUUCUUUCAUUACUAUUUUCCUUCCUUCUUUACAAUUCUUUAUUUCUUUACCAUUCUCUCUUUCAAUAUUUAUUUCCUAUUCCUUCUUCCUUUUUUACCACUCUUUUUUUUACCAUUCUUUCUUUUUUCUUUCUUUCUUUCUUUCUUUCUUUCUUUCUUUCUUUCUUUCUUUAUCAUUUUCCUUCCUUCUUUACAAUUCUUUCUUUACCAUUCUUAGUUUCAAUAUUUAUUUCCUAUUCCUUCUUCCUUUCUUUACACUUCUUUCUUUUUUACCAUUCUUUCUUUUUUACAAUUCUUCUUCUUUACCAUUUUCCUUCCUUCUUUACAAUUCUUUCUUUCUUUACCAUUUUUACAAUAUUUAUUUCCUAUUCCUUAUUUCUAUCUUUACUAUUCUUUCUUUUUAUCAUUUUUUCUUUUUUAUCAUUUUUCUUUCUUUCUUUCUUUCUUCCUUUACCAUUUUCCUUAAUUCUUUACAAUUCUUUAUUUCUUUACCAUUCUUUCUUUCAAAAUUUAUUUCCUAUUCCUUCUUUCUUUCUUUAUCAUUCUUUCUUUCUUUACCAUUCUUUACUUCUGUCUUUCUUUAACAUUCUUGUUUCUUUCUUUACCAUUUUCCUUCCUUCUUUACAAUGCUUCCUUUCUUUACCUUUCUUUACUUAUGUCUUUCUUUCUUACAAUUUUUUUUUUACCAUUCGUUCUUUUUUUCUUUUUAUGAUUCUUUCAUACUUUACCAUUCUUUCUUUCUUUAACAAUCUUUCUUUCUUUCUUUAUUGA